AUGCGAGAGCUCGAGCAAAUUUCUCAAUCAAUUCAAGAUGGAGAAUCGAGAAAUAGAAAUAAUCAAACGAUCGAACGAAACGAUGAAAGUAAUAGUGAAGUGCCGCAAGAUCCGCAACCGAUUCUCAGUGUUCUCUGCAGUUUGGUUGACGAAAUCGGGACAUUGCGGAAAGAGAAUCGACGAUUGAAGACAAGACUCACUUUGCCACCGCCACGAAUGAAUAUGAUCCAACGGAUGUCAACUAUUCUCGAUUCUCGCGGAAUCACUCUCCCCAAAAUGAGACGCCAACCCGAAGUGAGAGUCGGCGCAAGAGAAAGACUCAGCACACCGCCGAGAAAGCGUAAACCGCCUUUGGUUCAACCCGAGAUGACAGACAGCGAUGUCGAGGAUACAGCUUUUGAUGAACCUUUAUCAUCAACAUCGUCUCAACCGCGAAGAUCGACGCUUCGACGAAGAGAUUUAUCCAUUUCUGAAUGUACAUCUCCAUCGAGUGCUUCGAGUAGAGAUCCAUCCGAAAAUAUGACUUCCUCUCGGUCAUCGUUUUUCGAGUUUUUCGGGCUAAAGAAGAGAAAAGAAGUGAUCAAUUCAGUGAGUGACUUGUUGAUGCCUCGUGUUGUGACUCGACGAAAAAGGAAAAGCAGUCGAGAUAAUGAAGAAGUUGGAAGAGACGAAAGACAAAGGCAAAGAGUAAAGGUCGGAAAUUGGGGAAAUGAUGAUACGGUUCCAAUACGAUCCACAUCUUUUCUCACAGCCGUUUACGAAAAAGAUAAAUUUGAGCAAGAUGCAAUGCUUCGCGUUGAUCGAGAGACAAGAUUGAGACAUGAAAGGGACAAUUUUGGAGCUGAAGUUCAAGAAUUGAAGACAAGGAAUGAACGAUUGGUUGAGCAGUUGCGGGAGAAAUCUUCUCUGUUUAGCCGCCUUCAAGCUGAAUUGGGAGAAACUGAGCGAGAGAUUGAGAGCUACCGUAAAAAAUGUCAAUUCGAUGAGAACAUUGAAAGAUUGAGUUUAUCCGAACGAUUCACACGUAAUCAUUCUCUUCAUUUGUCAAAGAUUGAGGAACGUUUGCGGCAAUUCGAGACAAAAUUGCAGACGAGUCGAGCUGAGAUUGCCGUGCAACACCAGGCUUCUCAUCGCCUUCAAUCCACCGAACAAUCAUCAUUUCGAUCGAUGGUCGAACAAGUCGAAAGGGUUCAGCGAGAGAAUCUCCGCUUGACUCAAAAAUGUUUACAAAAUUGUCACAUAGAAGAGCCAACUUUAAAGAGGAAAAUCUCAUUGUUACCUUCCUAUGAUGCACUUUAUUCAUUUUCGAUGGGAAUGGUUAGAAAGUUAAGCGAGCUUCGUUCCUCGAUACAUACAAAAUCGUGUGAAUUGAGUCGAGUCGAACUUGAUCUUAUGGCUGCACAAAGUUCACUUCUUCUCACACAUACACAAAUUGAGCGCCUUCGACUACAAUUGAGUGUUUAUGGAAGAAAGACGAAAAGAGCCGCCAGUUUUCAUGGGGAAGAUUUGCUUGAAAAAAUGGCUAAAAAGGAUCUCCACUUUUUACUUCCAUUCAAAUUACAAGGAUCACGAUUAGACAAUUUGCGAAGACAAAACAGGAAACAGAAUCACGGAUCACCAAGUUUGGAUAGUGAGAGAGCGCUGGAGCAUGAGUUCUUGAAACUCUUUGGAUAUGCGCAAUGCCUAGCUCAGUCUUGUGAUCGUCCAAAAGAAUGCGAACAAAUAAAUCCCCAUUUUGAUGCAAUUAAUCGAGAUAUUCAAACUCCAUCAAUUCGACAAAGACAACGACCGCAUGGAUUGGGAAAUGGAAGAGAUAAAGAUAAUCAUCGACGGCCAAUUAGACAAGAUAAUGGUGUCGUUCAAUCACUCCAAGAUGUCGUCCAAUCGCUUCAAAACUCAACACGAAACCAAUCAAAUGCUCAUUUGAAUGAAACUAGGUUUAAAGUACCCGAUUCACCGAUCAUUGGCUACAAUGGAGAGAAUCGACGGGCACGAUUGGAGAAGCAACGAUCAAUCGAUGUUGAGGUCCUUCGACACUCCGAACUUCGCCGUCAAUUGUCCACAGAAAAGCCACCGUGUGAACCAGGACAAAGCCUUGAUCGAAAAUACGAGCGUCGAAUAGAAAGAGUGCCAAGUGAUCGACUGGAAUCACACAACAGAACAGAGAUCCGACAAGAACCUCAACACAAAGAGACCAUCGAACAAAAUGAAGAGAAACGAAAAGAUGACGCCGCUAAAGGCUGUCGACUUCAGAGAAGCGCUCCCGUCAGUCGAAUGAGGCCACCACAUACAACUUUAGAACGAAACCCGACAGACAUUGGAAAUGUGAAUGGAGGACAAGGUGGACAACACGGCGGAUUUGCAGAGAUCUCUCAUCACAGAGAUUCGGGGUAUCGCGCCGUGAAUCGAACAAAGAUCCGACCACCAGAGGCAACGAUUCAUAUCAAGGUAAUGAAACGAUUUCUUGAUAAUAGUAUUGUUGAAAUCGUUUUCUGGAUAAAGUCUCGGUAUGUGGGAAAAAUCUUUGCUCAAAUCGAGCUCCCGGAUGGAUCGUCGAAAAUUAUGAGAUUUCCGAGAUUCGGCUCAACAAGGACGAUUCCAUUCUCGGCGCAAAUCUGCGGUCUCUACAUGACAUCGAUAAAAACAUUCAAAAAAACUCCUCGAGGAUUAGAUGGAGUCGAUCCGAUAGGGGUAGUUCAGCACAAUUUGGAUGGUAAAGGGACAUUGCGAUACGAGAUUUCCACCGAUGGCUCACCCCGUCUCAUCGGAAGAGAUCUUUCUGUUUGGACGGCUUUUGUCGACACGGACACGCAAUAUUUCUCGAUUAGCGGUUCACAAGUCUCUGGUCCAGGCGCAAUCACUCUCACUGUUUAUGAUGGAUCCGGGGCAAAUAUGCAAACAUUCCCAUCGGGAUCGACGAGUGCUCAUUGGUUUGGUGAUGGAUCGGUCACUUACGUGGUUGAUCCAAAUUUGAGGCCAAUUCCAUGGAGUCGAACUGAUCUUUUGUGUUUCUUUGGUGAAUGCGGUCAG